AUGCAGUCUGGCAGGUGUCCUCGCAAACGCUGCGCCAUAGGCGUAAAAAAUGGUCUGCAAAUUGUAUUUGUGACUCUUCCAAAGCCUCUCGAUCCGCCGCCCCCAGUUGAAAUUGAGCCGCUAAUGUUUUUUGACGACGCUCCCCCACUACCACUGCCACCGCCGCCUGUUAGGAAAACUGCGGCACGCACGACAAACAAGUGGGAGAGAGGCUGGGAUGUUGUGCCUCUUGUGGUUAAUGGUAACGGGGAGAUGGAGCGCUGGCGCAGUGUCGGCAAGGGUGAAUUUUCUAGUCUUAAGGAGGCGUACGAGGCGUGCGGCCCUUUUGAAUCGCUCGCGGAGUAUCUAGCUGUCUUUGGGUGUAUUCUUCUUGAUACACUCUACCUCUUGGUGGCGAAGAGGGUGGAGGUGAUUGCUUCUUUGCCAUUUGGCGGCAUGAUUCAACGUGUCCUCUCGACAGAAUGGGUGCCGCUGCGUAUUCCAGAUUCAGUGCCGCUUUGUCUUUUGUCGGCGGACAGAAGAAGACUGGGGGAGUUUCAGCAGUACUCGUACGAGAGGGGCUACUAUUACUCUGACGACUUUGAUCUUUGUUAUCCAUUUCCCUUUUCGCCACCUGCAGCUGCUGGAGCGGCGCCCACGCUUUACUGCAACUGGUCAGAGCAUCUGCAACAACCGUUUCGUUCGCAUGACCUCUCUGAGGCCUGCUCAGUGCUGCUUCGGGGCUUUGCGGAGGAAGCCGUCGUGAAGUUGAAGGACGCAUCUUCUCUUCACAUGCUGCUGUUGGGUCGUCAGAACAAUCUGAACCCGGGCCCAAGAUACCUUGGACGUGGGCUGAACGGGAAUAACGCCGCGGGAAACGAUCACUUUUACGAAUACAUCUUGUGGAAACCGAACAAGGAUGACUCCAUCUCCUUUGCACGUCAUACGAUACUCCGAGGGACAAUUCCCGUGCACUGGUCCACACAAAUCCAUCGAACUAUGGCGGAACCUUCAAUGGUAUUUAGUCCAAAUAGGGAGGAGGUGUUGCGAGGGUGCGAUGCAUACUUUGAGUUUGUGUUUCGUCAGUUAACAAUGCUUAUCAACUACGACAUGGGAAGUGUUCUUCUGGAUGCCGCUCCCAAGCUUCGUUGCAUGAGUUUGCUUCGGCAAAAUCCUCAGAAUGGUGAAGGUGUUUUGGCCAGACACUUUUUGGCUGCAGUGAGGAAGUCGGAUGCCGUGGUGCGGCGCCUUUUCCACGAUGCCAAGCUGGACCUUGUGCAUCUUGAUUGGCUGAAUCUCGUCAAGGACUACGGCGUUGAUAUGGUCGCAAAGACAUUUUGGGAGUCCACCUGGGAGUUUUUGGCUCCGCAGGAAAACGAAGCGCUUGCCACAGUGGGUAUGCUCCACUCUGAUGGUAGUGUCACGCGAAGGUGUUGUCAACGACGCUUUUUGCGAGUUAAUUGCGCGGAUUCUUUGGAUAGAACAAACCUUGGGUGUUUUUUCACCUGCUUUCAGGCAUCCAUCUCCAUGCUGCGCUCACUGGAAAUAGAAUUAGACCACUUUGUGGAUCAAAGACCUUUGCCGCCUCUACAAGGACAAGACGAUGAUAGUCAGUGCGGGCUCGCUUCCUUUUCCAUGGAAGGAAACAAGAUGACAAUGGAUAAACUCUUUGUAAGCACGUGGUAUGAGGCCCGCAAUCCGGCCCUGUGCCCUGUGGCGGUUGGUCGAGCCCUGUCUGAACUCUACGUGCACAAUGGCGAUGUUGUCGCGCAGCUGUAUACGAGUUCGGCGGCGAUGCACAGUAAUCUUUUGCGAAAUAUUUGUGGUCUGAAGUAUACGGCGCACAACGCUGUGAUAGCAACCCAGCGACGGUUUGAAAACGUGUUUGAGGAUCGAAGCAAAUUCAGGAGCCUUGAGCUUUUAUUGGGGAGAAACAAGGAUAUUCACUUUCCUUCAAUGAGCCAGAUCUUUCUUACGCGUCCUGUACCGCUCCAGUAUUGGUCAUGCGCAGUAGUAGCGCUGGGCGUUCCUCUCUCUGUUUCCUCAUUUGAUUUAGCGGAAGCGGUUCAACAGGCAUUGAAGGAAAUUUUCUUUUUGACUUUACCGUCUGAUAACGGCACAAGUAACUCGAGUUUUGCACGAGGUUUUUGUAUAUCCCUGGCCGAGGAUGAGGCGGCAUCGCACAAGGAGUUUCUCACUGCGGUGGGUCAAGUAACCUUUGAGCAGCCGCCCUCCAUGGCCGAGGACGACGGAGCCGUUCUUCAAUACAAUGAACGUGUUGCCGUGAUUGAAUUUGAUCAUAACCGCUUUGACAUGUCUCAUGUUCAACGGUUUCUCCGGGCGAGGGAGACCCUACAGGUACUAAACUACAGUGUGGUACUUGCCCCAUACGCCUACCCCAUUCAGGAAACUGAUGGGAAUUCUGCAGGUUUCGUUAAAAAGGCGGCAAUCUCCUUGCGAAGUGGCCUCAAGAAUUUCGUGAGAGGACUCAAUUCAUAA